AUGUCUCCUCCCCUUCGCACCGCCAUAAUUGGCCUUUCUGCUUCCGCAACCACCAACUGGGCAGCUGCCGCCCAUCUCCCCUGCCUCCUCUCCCCGACCGGUAAAACCCUCUUCACCAUCAAUGCUCUCUGCAACAGCAGUUCUGCCGCAGCAUUGAACGCCAUCUCGACGUUCAAUCUUGAUUCCUCUGUAAAACCUUACGGCGACCCUGCCUCCCUCGCCGCGGACCCUGCUAUCGACCUUGUCCUCUGCAAUACCCGGGUGGAUAAACACUUGGAAACGAUCCUGCCCAGUCUCCUCUCCGGAAAAGAUGUUUAUAUUGAAUGGCCGAUCGCAUCGAACAAGAAUCAAAUAGAUGAGUUGGUUGCUGCUGCGGCUCUCGGUGGGGGCCGUGUAGCGGUAGGAUUACAGGGACGUUAUGCGCCGCCGAUUUUACGUGUCAAAGAAGUCCUUGCCUCGGGGAAGGUGGUUAUCGACUAUAUCCAGUCCGUCGUGGGCGAUAUCAUUCCCGGAACAGAUGAUGCCCAUUUUCAGAUCCAGCGUCCGGAUAUCCGCGUUCGAGAUCCCCAGACAGACGCGAUCGUCGAGUCGAUCAAAUCUGACGUACCUGAUUUGUUGAGUCUGCAUGGAUCUCUACCUGGAUCCUCCUAUGUAUGUGCCAAUGCCAGUCUUGUCGCAUAUUUCCUCCGCGGCCAGCCCUUCCCUGGCGAUCCAUCACUGUUGUGGACCUUGACCGGAGAAACGGGUACGAUUCGGUUGACCGCGUACGCUGGUAUCUCGCUGCAAGCAGACGCAUAUGGCGAGCCGGUGACCAUCAGGGUUCAUCAGUUCGACACGGACGAGGUGGAUGAGGUCUCGUGGAAUUGGUCGGAAACGCAGAUGGAGGUGCCAAUUCGGGCGCGAUCAGUGCAGCAUUCCUUGAUCAGCUUUGCGAAUAGGGAUGAGUCGGGGUAUGUCUCGCUGGAGGAUGCGGCCAGGAGAGCAGGCCAGAUUGAGGGCUGGUUAGAUAGCUGGCGAGAGAGUCCGUGA